AUGUCACCGGCACAAGAUCAGUACUACUACGUUAUUCCCAACGUCAGCACCAUGGACCCCAACGCUAGGGAAGUCGACCUCGCUUCCCAGAGCUGGAUCCAAGCCACCAUCAUCGAGGACGAUGACCUCAUGUUCGGCGGCAAGUCGCUGAGCACUUGGUACGAGGAGGAGAGGAGACGCCUGAGCAACACCUCGUCAGACGAGGAGGAGCACCGCGGUCGCCAGAGGGUCCGCAAGCACCACUCCUCCCACAAGCACCACCACCAUCACCACCACCAGUCGGCCCAGCACACCGGCUCCUCCGACAAGAAGCACUGA